AUGACUAACGUGACCCCUCUUCCCCCGGAUGUGAGUAAACAGCGGAAUUCUUAGUCCUCGUUCUCCUUCGCCUAUGUUUUUCUACCCAAGCCUGAAGAAUUCUUUUCAUUGGAUUGUCGCACGCUGAUUUUUCACCUUUUUCCGUAUGACCCUGUCGCAGGAAGGGGACGAGAUGCUGUUGCCUCACACGGAUUCAGCCGAUGCCCCCCAGGCCAUGGAAGGUACUCUUUGGCCUCGCAUUUGCUUAGGCUACAUGAACUAAGGAACCUCUGAUCCAAGAUUUUAGUGUUGCACCUUUUUGGUUUUAAUAUGCUGCUGCUACAUGUGGCUGGUUCCUGAGUCAGCUCGCAUCUGUCUGGUUUGCCGUCUAAUCAUUUUGUGAUUUCUCUCCUUAUGUCGUGCUCUAAAGUGGUGGGUCCACAAAUGGAGAAUGUUAGUACCUUGGAGAACCAGCUAGUGGAGGAUCCUCCGACGUUUAAAUUCUCCUGGACUGUUGAGAAUUUCUCCAGGCUGAACAUGAAGAAGCAUUACUCUGAGGUUUUUGUUUCUGGCGGAUACAAAUGGUAUGCCGACUGACCACUACCAUCCGUUUUUUGUCUGUUCCCUUGUCAUUGUUAACUGUCUUCAUAUAGGCGAGUGCUCAUAUUUCCGAAGGGAAACAACGUAGACUUUUUGUCGAUGUACCUCGAUGUUGCUGACUCUACAACCUUGCCCUACGGAUGGAGCAGAUAUGCGCAGUUCAGUUUGGCUGUUAUCAAUCAAAUGGACAGCAGAUACACCAUAAGGAAAGGUAGGCAGUCUGCUGUUUGAUUACUUUUGAUAGUCUUUUCUCCCUCAUUGAUUUGAUGGGUUUUGCUAUCAUAAAACUUUGAUUAAUACCAAAAUGAUAUCAUGUCCUUUUUCAUAAUGCAAUUUUAUGGAUUAAUCUUGUUUGGAAUGUUGGUCUGGAUUGAUUUAUCCCUGGUAUCUCAUGUUUUCCUUUUUUUUGACUGUGCAUCUCAGCUGACAGAUAAACCUUUGUUUCUUUCUGAGACCGAGGAGACAACUGCUCUUCCCUACAUAAUCGAAUUGACCAGUCUACCAAGAAAUUAUUUAGGCUAAAUAUUUUAUGACACCCAAACUGUUUAUUAUUUUAUCGUCUUGUCGUAGAUAACAUUAUUUCCCCCACAUGACGGGACAGCUGCGUCUUCCAUUCUGUCGCACCUGCAUAUUCGUGGGUCAUAUUGUGCUGUUGAUUUUGACUUUCAUAACUCCCUCAGAGUAACUCUUUUCACCUUGAAGUGUUAAAUGUUCUUCGGCCACUUUUCCUCUAAAAUUAAUGGAUGACGAUUUUAACCUUGAGGAAAUAACUCCAAUGUUAUGUCACCUUUCAGAGACACACCACCAAUUUAAUGUUCGGGAGAGCGAUUGGGGUUUCACAUCAUUCAUGCCGCUAAGUGAACUCUAUGAUCCUAGCAGAGGUUAUCUUGUUGAUGAUACUUUUAUAGUUGAAGCUGAGGUUACAGUUCGUAAGGUGUUUGACUACUGGGCACAUGAUUCAAAAAAGGAGACGGGUUAUGUUGGUAUCAAGAACCAAGGAGCCACCUGUUACAUGAACUCUCUUCUGCAGACUUUGUACCAUAUUCCUUACUUUAGAAAGGUUUGUACAAUUUUAUGCACUAAUUCUCAAUAUCAUUCUUUUUUAAAACGUCAUCUAUUAGCUUAUGCUUAUUUGAGUUUUUAUGUAGUCUGUGUACCACAUGCCCACAACUGAGAAUGACAUGCCCACUGGGAGUAUCCCUCUAGCUUUACAGAGUUUGUUCUACAAGCUUCAGUAUAGUGAACGUAGUGUUGGCACGAGGGAGUUGACAAAAUCUUUUGGAUGGGAUACAUACGAUUCAUUCAUGCAGCAUGAUGUCCAGGAGCUUAACAGGGUUCUAAGUGAGAAACUGGAAGAUAAAAUGAAGGUAGAUUAUCCGUGCUUGCUGUUUUUUUUUGCCUACUCAUUCAUGUACUUCAAUCAUGUAAUCUUAUUUAUUCUACUUUUAUUCUCUCCUAGGGAACUGUUGUUGAGGGCACUAUUCAACACUUGUUUGAAGGACACCACAUGAACUAUAUUGAGUGCAUCAAUGUCGACUACAAAUCUACGAGAAAAGAGUCAUUUUAUGGUGCUUUUUUAUCUGACAUUUUUUUCAAUUUUUUUUAGGGACAGUUGUGGUCACUAAUCCUCCUAUAUUUACAUUCUUUUGGCAGACCUUCAACUUGAUGUUAAAGGAUGUCGGAAUGUAUAUGAUUCCUUUGACAAGUAUGUUGAAGUUGAACGUCUUGAAGGUGAUAACAAGUAUCGUGCAGAGCAACAUGGCUUACAGGUAGGUUGCAUUACUGCCCCUGCUGAUUACUCAAUUCUUAAAAUAGUCAAACGAUAAGAUGUGUAGAUAUGCAUAGUCAACUUGAUAAAAUUUGGAAAAAAAUGAAAACAGGGAGAAUAAAAGCGACACUGCUUAAGAUGUAUCCUGGUUUGUUACAGUGAAAAUAACAAUUGCAUCAUCCAGCAAACAUAAAUUUUGUCCUCAACAGCUGUAUAUCGUAUACCCUUUUGGAACUUUCUUGGCAUCAAUCUGUAUUGAUUGUUGUUAUUCAAGCUAAUAUUUUGAUUUGUAGUCUGCUUCUUUUUAUAAAACUUCUUAAACUUAUUUAUAUGUUAAAACUCAGAAAAAAUAUUUUCUGUCACAGGAUGCUAAGAAAGGUGUCCUGUUUAUUGAUUUUCCUCCCGUCCUGCAACUUCAGCUUAAACGUUUUGAGUAUGAUUUCAUGCGGGAUACAAUGGUAAAGGUUGGUAUCCCAAAAACCUGUGCUAGAUGCCUUAUUCUUCCGAGUCGUUUCAUUUGCUAUGAUUGAUGAAUUGCUUUUGGCCACUUGUUUCCUUAUUUUUAAUGGCAUUCUUCUGAUAAUUUUUCUUGUUAAAAUACUGCAUGUGUUACCUUUAGCUGAACCACCAAACUUCCUGAUAGUUUGUUGACAAUCUACUAUGUGGUGAUUGAAUAUUUGAUACUCGUCUUGUUAUUUUCCAUUUUAUAUCUGUUAUUGUUUCACAAAUAAUAUCACAUAUUUGCAUAUAAUAACGUAUAUCAUUCACACUUGAUAUUUCGAUGGCUAUUGGGUCCUGGGUACGCCAUGUAAAAUCCCCUUCAUUUGGGAUCUGGCUGAAUGUUUCUGAUUUUCUUGCUCAUCUUAAACUUCGUUGUUCUUCUCAUGUUGUGACUGUUGUGCUGACUGCAUGUAUGUUCUUGAAGUUAUGUCGAAGUUACUCCAAAGAAAGUUGUAUAAAAAUCCUGCGACCAUAUGAAGAAAAUUGAGCAUGAAAAUUAUAGCAAUGAUUAUUUAUGUUUUCAAAAUAUUACAACAAUCGAAGGUGUGCGUGAAUCAAUCAAGAAAUAAUACUUGGGAAAGUGAAUAUGGAGGUUCUUAAUGAUUGUUUCUCAGUACAAACGGAAGCUCUUAUGUUAUGUCUUACAUUUCUUAUUCAUAUUCUCUGCAUGAAUCUCUGUUGUUACCGAAACUUGUAGAAUCCAUUUGGGAUGUCAAGUGGUUUUUGACAAUCUGGUUGUAGGGAAGAGAUCCCAGCUAUUAUAUUAUGUGUAACAUAAUUGACCUUGAAUCAUGGAAUCUGUCGAUUCCUGGCCAAUUACGAUCUCAAUCUUGAUUGGUUGGAUGUUCUUUAUCCAAUUCCAUAGACCGUGGUUUCCAACUCUUGAUUUAUGUGCCUAAUGUCGGGCCCACACUAGCAUUUUUAGUUCACUAGCUCUCCUCUUCUUUCCUAGUUCUUCUUUUGACGUUAAUUCGCGUGUAUCUCUGCCCUUUUUGACCUCUGUGACCUUGGGCUGCUUAAUCAAGUACUUUGACCCUUUUCUUGGGAAAUGGACUCUCUUUAAUCAUUUUCUUCUGUUUCUUUCUACAGAUAAAUGAUCGUUAUGAAUUUCCAUUGCAACUGGAUCUUGAUAGGGAGAAUGGCAAGUAUCUAUCACCUGACGCAGACAGAAGAACUCGGAAUCUUUAUACUCUACAUAGGUACCAGUCCUGACAGUUUUAUAUCUAAUAAAUUCGGGCUAGAUAUGAAAAAUAAAUUUCUUAUCUGUCAUGGAUAUUUAAUAUGACACUAUCUUAUACAUACAGCAUAUCUCGUUUCCUUUUGAUAUUUGUUUGAUAUCUAAUAAUUUUGCCCGAAUAUAAAAAGAUAAUGUGGUAAUGUCUGUCAUGGGUAUCGUCAUGACAUCUUGACCGUGUUGUGUAUCUUCUUUCCUUUUAUUUUUUUCACGUAUCUGUUAUAUUUAGGCUUGUUAUGAAAGAAUAAUGUUAUAAUUUCUACUUUUAUAUAUAAUAUGGCAUUGAUCUUAGACAUGGAGCAUAUCUUAUAAUUUUUUAACUUUUUUGGGCCCGUAGAGUAGAUGUAAUCAAUGUUAAUUUCAUCAUUUAUGAAGGGAAGCUUCAGGAGUCUAUCCUUUAUUUCUUUUUACCUUUUAGACGACUGACUCAGAGAUGGUGCUAUCAAUUUGAUGGACGAGUUUUACUGCUUUUUGACAUGCAAUUCCCAUUUAUUUGAUGCAUUCAGCAAGAUUUCAGGUGAUUUAUGCAAAAAUUAUAGUGUAUAUUAAUCUCUCCCUCCCUCCUUGCUCUCUUUCUCUCUUUUCAGUGUGCUUGUUCAUAGCGGUGGGGUGCAUGGAGGCCACUACUAUGCUUUUAUUCGACCAAUGCUCUGUGACAAGUGGUAGGCAAUUUAUGUUUAGCAAAAAAAUAAUUUCUUCAAUAUAAGUGGAUCCUAUUUUAUAUUCGAGCUCAAGUACAAUCAUGCAAAAACAAUGCAAGUAUCUCUACUGUCAGUAAGGUUUCUUUAAUAAAUGUAUGGUACUACUAUCAAAAUGAUGGAAAACUCAUUAACAAUGCAUUGCUUCUACAUAUUUGUACUCGUGCUUGUAUCAAUGUUUUUCUCAUUUAAUUAAAUAGUGUCGAUGGCAAUUUUUAAAAAGAAAAGGAAGACACUACACAUCAUAAUGAAUGAGGUCAAAGGAUUCAAUUUUUAUUUAUGAAAUAGGGUAUUGUAUUCUACAAUGUUUAAGACGGAAAUGGUUCAUGACUAAGUUUACCUUACACAAAAACGCAAGAAUUUUAGAGACUGAUAUGGUAAAUACUGGUCCUGUCCUUACUGAUCUUAUGUUGAACAGCUGGGCUUCCUUCAAUUGUAAAAUAAUAGAGUAUUCCUGCUUCACAAUGACUUGCAAUUAUUUGAUUCAUAUCCUAAUCCUGACAACAGUAGUUCGUGAGUCAUUUGUAACACUGAUGAAAAUGGUGGGGAACACUGAAUAGCAUGUGGGCAGUGGGAGGUUGUCCCUAGUUGGUCAGUAGUUAGAAGGGGAACGACAAGGAAACUUACUUUAGCAGUCAUGGUGAACAAAGCGGUAAACCACUGCCUAAUUAUUCAGAGGACAGGGAUUACUAUAAACCUAUUUAUAGAAACGAAAAUCAUUCAGAAACAUAAUGCAGAUCAGCAUCUCCACAUUUUAUAAAUUACCAUGAAUCUUGAGAAUUUUAACUCUUUUGUUGUUAUCCUAAUCUUAUCAUAUAUAAAAUAAGAUGAAUGUGAUUGCAUUGGCCCAGCUGUGUGAUGCCUUGAAAAACAUGAUAAUUGACUAAGUUACGUAAGAUCAUCUUAGUGAAGGCUUAGGGAGAGUAAAUUUGGACUGUUCCCCCUGAGACCUUUAAUAGAAGUAGUGGAUAUGCUUCCUAAACAUUGCACUUUCCUUGUAGUAAACUUAUUCUACUUACCCUUGGAUUUUCGGUGCUUCUUUCUUAUCUAGCCCUACUAUUGUCAUUCAAAUGGUUUUCUUGGCCUCAUAGAGGGUAUGGUCUUUUUUCUUUUAUCCUAUCCUUGGGAGGUCCACUUCUGCUUUAGCUGAAACUGUGAUUCAUACUCGAUAGCCUUUGGGAUAUUCGAAAACUCGUUAUUGUCCCUCUUUCUUCACUUAGUAUCCUACAGUACACCUAUUUCAACAAUGGGAAACUAUUCAUGCUUUGUAGCUGGAUUUAUAAUGAUUUAAAUUAUGGAUUCAGACUGUUAAGCAACUUCAGGAUCUAGGUUUUCUAAACAUACGUGUGGUGCCUUCCCCAGUCUACAAUUAUGUUCCACUCUAUAAGAUGUGGGAGUUAUUCUCUUAUUAACCCUUUCUGAGCACUGAAGUAAGCAGUAACCAUAGGUUCUCCUUGUUUUAGCUCCUGAAUCUGAGUUGAGUAUAUAAAUUUAACUAGCAUCGCCCUUUUGUACGCAUAUCCCUUCUGACAACAUCCAUAUUUCUCUCGUUAUCAUUUUUUCUAGCACAACGUUUUAGAUAUCACUACAAACAUGUUGUUUCCCAACUCCCAAUACCAUAAUAUGCAUCAUCUUUUUUAGGAGGUUGGAAUUUUUUAUUUAAUACCAUGCUUUGUGUUAUUAGGUCCUUUUGAAUGCUUAAUGUAAAGAAACUUGUUGUCAUUUAUCUUUUUGAUAGACUUAGGAUAGCUACUUUUCAUAGAAUCGUGGCAGGUAAGAAAUCUACCAUAUUAUUUAAAUUAAAAAAAUCAUAGAAAAAAUAUCUGAAUGAUAUAUUUUCCUCAGAUAUUUUUAAUUGUACUAUAUUUUAAACUUCUUCCAUUUAUAACUUUAUAUUGUAUUUAUAGUUCAUAACUCCAGCACAUUCGCAUUAAGGCACAGCAGAUCUACUAGUGCUUUUAUUUCAGUUAGUAGGAGGAAUCUUGAACUAAGAAAUAGACCCUAGAAGCUAAAAGAGUGUAUCUUGAGCAAUUCCAAUAAGCUCAUUGAUGUGAUUUUUGGGUUUAAUAAAAUUUCGAUCCUCCUCACUGACGAUUGAUUUGAUAUAGGUUAUGUACAUUAAUUUAGGAUACAUGAUAAUGGUUUCAUAGCUUCUCUAUACCUUAUUGUCCACUAGUCAAUCCUAUCAUUAGGGAUUCAAUGUAUGCAUGGUGCCGGAUAAUCCAAGCUUAAUGAUGACAUAUCCAUAGCCUGAUUUGAGCCUUGACUUAUUAUAAGAUCUAGUGGUCUAGCCCAAUGCAUAUAAGGGAAAUAAGAACUUAUGUGGACCUUAUGUCAAGUAGUCAAUCCCAAUGCAAUUGAGUUUGAGGAAACUUUGUGGGCUUUGUUCAAAAUGAUUAAACAUAAUGCAGAGGGAGCUGAUCUCUUAAAGUCAUCAAAUAAGAUUUAAUCCAUUAAAUGCUACAAGCAUUUAAGAAACUUUAGCAUAUUUUAGACAUGUGCGUGAUGAUUUAUGCAAUAGAAUUUCAUUGAUUUCUGAUAUCAGUCCUUAUGACCAUUCAUCAAGGCUAUUCUUUUGUCAAAAUGAUGCAAUCCACCGUGACUUCGAAUUUCUAAACUAAUUUAUCUCAAAUAUUUUGAAAAAAAUGAGGUCUCUUCAAAUUAAGCAUCCAACAAUCACUUUAAAAACAUCUUGCCUUCAUCUAUGAUUCAAGCUUUGAGAGUAGUAGACCUAGUUUAAUCUCCACCGCUUAGCUAUUUAAAUAUCAUAGGAGUAACCUUGAAACUCAUUGGCUAGCCUCAUGAGGUGCUCAUGGAACUGUUACUGGAUGAUAUGAUGACCAACUGUGCAUACAAUGGAUGAUGAUCUGAUAUCUUGCUACUCCAUAAUCAGUCAUAUCAUUCUAAAGGGGAGCUCCAUUUGUCUAAUUUGAACUGGGGGCUUACCAGAGGAUUCAGUGAUCAUACGAAAAGAAUGAGGAGUUAGGAGAUUAGGACAAAUGAAAGGGUAGAAAAACUUGAGCCGUGCAUCUGCCAUACACAAUUGCCAAGAUAUAGGACCCAAUGCUCUCUGUCAUUGGAUAAGAGGAGAGGAUCGGAUAUGGUCAGAGAGAGAGAGACUGAUGUUAUGUGGUUGUGGAGGGAGAGGGCCUGACAUCCCCUGCAUGAGAUCUUCAGCACAACAAGAGAGGUCCCCAGGAUCAGGCUUCUUACGUUUGUUGCCAUAAGCUGUUUUUGGGGGAACGAUGAUGCGUUGAUGCUUGUUGUCGGCCCAAUAUCAAAAUACUUCGCUUUGGUACCAUGUGUCACGAUAAGUGCUUGUAGAUGAGUGGUGGAAUAUAAAUGAGAGCAAGAAGGUUCCGCAAAACCAUAUCUUUUAUGGCUAUUCCUGAGGAAAACUGUCGCACACAACACACCCAUUGAGUGUUGUAUUUGAUCAUGGAGUACACAAUGACCUUAAUGGACGCAUAUGAUAUAUGAGAACAUGGGGACAAUAUGAGUAUUAAGGAAAAUCAGACAUAAGGAUUAUUGGGUCCUGUCUACGGUCUCUGAUAGUCUUUCAAUGGUUACUACAAGAUAAAGAGCUAUCAAGGAGAGUGCAUCUCACUUGUUGUGUCUAGUAUUUACUCUGAGCAUUAUCCAAAUUUUAUCUGAACUAAGUUUUGUCUUAGCAUCGGCAUUAUACAUGUACUGUCCGAACAAACUAGUAACCUCAAUUAAAUGUUAAUAUUUCAUGGAGUGGGGCCCUUUUGUGUUUAGGUUCAAGUUUGAUGAUGAACGAGUGACGAAAGAAGAUGCAAAGAGGGCAUCAGAGGACCAAUUUGGUGGGGAGGAGGAGGUGAGAAUGUUGUAUUUUUUUAUUUGUCUGUAUGUUUUCUCUCCCUGAAUAAAGUGGGUUCACAGUGUUGUUUUUUUGCAAGCAGUUGCCUCAGGCGAAUCCUGGAUUCAAUAAUGCUCCUUUCAAGUUUACCAAGUAUUCAAAUGCGUAUAUGCUUGUGUAUAUUCGUGAAAGUGACAAGGAAAAAAUAAUGUGCAGUGUUGAUGAGAAAGAUAUAGCUGAACAUCUCAGGGUAAGAGAGGAGAAUAGUUUCUUCUUUUUAAUAGUUUCUUUGAUGAAUCAAACCUAUCGAAGUCCAAUGCUUUUCUCAGGUGAGAUUUAAGAAAGAGCAAGAACUAAAAGAGCACAGGAGGAAAGAGAAAGCUGAAGCUCAUCUCUACACCAUCAUAAAGGUCUUCUUUCAUAGUGAUCUUUUUUUUCAUUUUCAUUAUUUUUAGCUGAUUUUAAUCUUCUGAUGGAAACUUGAUGACGAGAUUUCAUUUAAUACGUCCAGGUCGCUCGAAAUGAAGAUUUGGCACAGCAAAUUGGAAGGGACAUGUACUUUGACCUUGUAGAUCAUGACAAAGUCCAUAGUUUUCGUAUUCAAAAACAGACACCUUUCAAUCUUUUCAAGGUUGCCACUGACCUUCUGUGCCGUAUGCCUUAUUGAUUUUUUUUAUUGGUGCCUGAAGAUCUUUGUGAUUCAAGCAGUUGGGCUUUUUUAGCUGAUAACUUUUCCUACUGAUUUCUCUUGCAAUUAUCAAAUAGGAAAAGUUAUCUGCACUAGAGGAUUACUAUUAACUUCUUAUUUUCUUUUGAUCUGCCUUAUCUUUUGGCAGUGGCUUUCUGAAAUUAAUUGGUAAGAUGGAGCUUGCCCCUGGAAAAUCCAUCCUAUCAGACUUGAUAAUACAACGAUGAAGUCUAAAAUGGACACCGUAAAACAUGGUGUUCUAUUUAGAAUGUUAAUAAUGUAAAUAAACAGAAACAGUGAUAUUUUUUCAUGAACUACUAUGAAAUUUGAUAGGUUCAACAUUCUUGCAUCUUUGUUGAUCUGGGUUUGAAACACUGCUACAAAUUUUUAUAAAUUUGACGCAUCCUAUUAGGCUUCCAUUUCUUCUUCAACUAGACACAUUGGGCUGGUUGGGGUGACAGUAAAAUCAAUGGAAGUCUGGUAUUCGUAUCUAGAUGUGUACCUUCAAUGGCGGGUUUUCCAACUGUGUUUAAAUUUUAUGAUGACUUUGUGAAACAGUGUGUAAAAACUGCUUUCAAGAACACCCACAAGGAAAGCUGCUAACUAUGAUACGAACUAUGAAAGGAAAGAGAAUACCUUGACCAUCUUUUACAUUUUUCUCACUUCCAUGGAGCUUCAACAAUGUUUUGGGCGAUUGAUUUUAUUUGAGGUUGGAAAUGUAUACACAAAUGUACGAUGGCCAAAUCGUAUACAUCCCUUUCUUGUCAAUGUGAAGCAAAAACUGGACCUAGGGGGGUAUAGUUGUUUAAGUCUCCCUGAUGUGCCUUGAAAUUAGCAUUGGUCAUUGUGUUCUAAAAUAAUGGAUGCCUAGAGCUCACGCUGUGUGAGAUUAUUCCUGUUUAUUUAACUAUAUUAAAAAUUAUAAAGGCUCAUAAAACUUUCGUGUCUUGAUAUACAUGCAUGCUUUCUCCUGUAAAGAAAGCCCUCUAAUUCAUGUUCAGACAGACGCAAUGGGUUCUUACCGUGGUUCUGUAGCAUGGUUUUAAGGCUUUCUUGACCUUUUCGGUCUGCAGGAGCUUCACUGAAUUCAUUUAUCAGGCACUUUGAACUAUCUUAUUUAACUAAUCCUGAUGAAAGGCAUUCAUACCGUUAUCAGAAUAAUAUCCAUCCUAAUAGCUUCAGUCAGUGCUCAAUAAAUCCCUCUUCUGCCCAUAAUGGAAACGAUUAGAAGAUUCUCCCAGAAAAAGCUAACAUAGGCCACGACAAGAAAAAAGUCUUCUCCAUGGAAUUAUAAACAAUGGUUAAUGUUUUUUUUUGCAGGAAGAGAUGUCUAAAGAAUUUGGCAUCCCAGUACAAUUUCAGCGUUUCUGGCUGUGGGCUAAACGUCAGAACCAUACAUACCGUCCAAAUAGGCCUUUGUCUCCACUUGAAGAAGCACAACCUGUACCUGCCUCUUGCACGAUUUUUCUUGAAUAACAUGUGCGAACGUUUUCACCACUAACCCCAUUACUUUUUAGGUUGGGCAAUUGAGGGAAGUAUCAAAUAAGUCUAAUAAUGGAGAGCUUAGACUGUUCUUGGAAGUUGAACUCGGACCGGUAACUAUUUCUUUACCUUUGUUAUUCCUUUCCAUCAGUGAUUCAAUACUCUAUAGUUAUUCAAAAAUGUUUUUUCCCGAGUUUAUGAUGAUCUUGACCCCUGAUUCUUUUCGAAUUACAGGAUUUGGGUCCUAUUUCCCCACCUCUGAAGACCAAGGAAGAUAUACUGCUAUUUUUUAAGUUUUAUGAGCCACAGAAAGAAGAAAUUAGGUGCCUACUGCCAUCUUGUUUUUCCAAGGGGAGUCUAAGAUAUAAAGAAUUUUUUUAGCAUUUAUUAAUUUUUAAUUUUGUGAAUUCAGGUAUGUAGGAAGGCUUUUUGUGAAGGCUGCGGGAAAACCCAUAGAUGUCUUGCCAAAGCUCAAUGAGAUGGUCCACUUUGAUCCCAACGAAGAGAUUGAACUUUAUGAGGUCAGCCCUCUAGGAAAUGCUUAGUGUUAUCAUUCUUAUUUUUUUACUUGUUUGUCAAAUUUUUGUUGUACUAUUUUUUCUUCGUUAUACAUAUUCGUCAAGCUUUUAUUGUGUUCCCAGUGUAACGACUCUGUAAAGUGGUGUUUUAUAUUUUAUUUUGGAAAUGGUCUGCUGAUCUGGGUUCUGUAAUGCUUAGGAAAUUAAAUUUGAGCCAAGUGUGAUGUGUGAACAUAUUGACAAGAAACUUACUUUCCGAUCUUGUCAGGUAUGAAGUGUAUGUUUUCCAGCAUUCUUUUUUGGGCUCCUUUUCUUUCAUGUUCCCCUAUAUUAUCUUCCUUUCCCUUGCAUCUUUUAAUUUUUUUUGUCUUUCAUUACUGUAGAUUUUCUCAUCACAUGCAAAUGUUUGCCUUUUAUUUUCAGCUUGAAGAUGGUGACAUCAUUUGCUACCAAAAAUCUGCUUCGGCUGAUAGUGAAGAAAUGUGUCGUUACCCAGAUGUACCCUCAUUUUUGGAAUAUGUGCAUAAUCGGCAGGUGUUCUCUUUAAAUCGUUUUGAAAUUUGAAUUCUGACUUUAGUGAGCAUUUGUAUCUCUUGCUUUUCUGCAUGUCGUUUUUUUUGAACCUGGGUAUUUGUCAAACGUACCAGCUAACCCGAUCUUCUGUGUUCAACAUAAGCACACCGAAGAUCAGGUGCUAUGCCAGUUAUUUUCUUCCAAUCCGAUUGUUGAUUUUCGUUAUGUCUAACUGUGAAAAUAGUGUCGGUUACUAUUGGAGAAGGUGUUGGUUGCGUGAAAAAAAGCUCCAUGUGAAGGCUAAGCCCAUCAGUUAAUAUAAUAAUACAUUUAAACGAAAAAUGAGUUGACCAUUUUAUAUUUCUUGGUUAGUGGAUGACCAUUAGCACUCUGGGUAUUGAAAGUUUGUAACAUUGUGCUGGUGAAACAGAAGUCAACGUAAUUCUUGUGAAGAAAAUGAUGAAUUAUUCUGGAAAAUUCACCUUAGAAAAUACUAAUAGACAUUUCAAUAAUCAUUUUGAUGUGAACUUAUUAUUGCUUUGGAAUAAUUGACAGCUGAUAACAUGAAACAAGAACAUGUUUCCCCUUUUUACUUUUUUUUCCUGAGGAUAUAUGACUUAACUCUGGGAUUAUACUUACGCCUCUGAAUCUUCUGAUUCGUCAGGUUGUCCAUUUUCGGUCUUUGGAGAAACCUAAAGAGGAGGAUUUCAGUUUAGAGUUGUAAGUACCUCAAAAUUAUAUUAUUAUGCCGUCUUAAUAAACUUCGUUUGAUUGUUCUUUGACUCCUUUAUUGAAGGUCAAAGCUCUCAACUUAUGAUGACGUCGUGGAAAGAGUUGCUCAUCAUAUUGGUUUGGAUGAUCCAGCAAAAAUUAGGCUUACAGCUCAUAACUGCUAUUCUCUGCAGCCAAAACCGCAGCCAAUUAAAUAUCGAGGUGUAGAGCAUUUGAGUGAUAUGCUUGUGCAUCAUAACCAGGUCCAUUAUCCCUUGUCUCUCUGGCAUGUACCGCUUGCUACUCUCUAGUAAACUAUUACAUUUUUAAACUUUCCAAAUAAUUUCUUAUUAAACAGACUUCGGACAUCUUGUAUUAUGAGGUGCUGGACAUUCCUCUGCCAGAGUUGCAGUAUCUGAAAACUCUGAAAAUUGCUUUUCAUCAUGCUACAAAAGAUGAGGUUAGUCUGUUGGUUUGCAUCAUUUUUCAACUUUAGCAGUUUAUUUACUCAUGUCCAAUGAAAACUAAAUUCAGUGAAUUUAGGUGGUGAUCCACAGCAUUAGACUACCCAAAAACAGCACUGUAGGUGAUGUCAUUAAUGACCUGAAAGCCAAGGUAUUCUGCCGUCAUAAUGUUCAUCAUAGUUUUUCCAUCUCCAUUGGGUUGACAAAUGUUUCUCUUGAACCAGAACAGGAACAAAUGUUUGGUACAUUUCUUUCUUUUUCUUUGGUACAUUUCUAUGCUGACUCUGUUUUUGAAUAGGUUGAAUUGUCUCAUCCUGAUGCAGAACUUCGAUUGCUUGAGGUUUUCUACCAUAAAAUAUAUAAGGUAUUCCUUCAUUGUUCCUCACUUUGUUGCUUCCAUUUUUCCAGGAAAAUGGAUAAAUUUUCAUUCGUAGAUUGCUGCACCUUUUCACGCUAAACAAACAUAUUGGUAUUUUCCUAAUUUUUUUAAAGCCUUGAUACAACUGACUGGCCGGCUGAUCAAUGUGGAAGUGACUUAUAGAGCAACAUUUUUUUUUUCUCUUUCGGAAUUCGGAUAGCCACCUCGUUUCCUUGUUUGUCCAGUUGUCUAUUGCUUUCUGAUAAUGACUGGAAAAUAAUGUGGUUGACUGACUGUCUACACAUGCCUUCCGAUGAAUAUCCUUAAUCAAUUCCUGAAUUGGAAAGAAAACGGCCUUGUUUUUCACCGAAUUAGAUACAAGCCUAGGAGCUAGAGAGAGUAGAUCUCCAAAAGAAUUAAAGACUGCGACUUUGAGAUAUCCAGUCGUCUGUACCAUAGCACUACCCUCUACUGUAAGAAACCUAAGAUACACUAGUCCUCUUUCUAUCUGAUACCCUGCGCACGGGAAAUAGCUCUCCAGAUAGUGUUUGCUAUUACAGGGCUUACAAAGAAAUGGUCUAUAUAGACUUUGGUUGUCUACCAAGAAAAUGGUCGCAUACUGAAGGCUUGAAAAUUUUCUUGAUCAAUACUUCUGGUGCUAACUUUCAAUGGGAAGUAUCAAGUGCUGUUUCUCCUUGACUGCUCUUUAACAUAAAAAUUACCUUGCUUAAGUUGGAAGUUUCAAUUCAUCUGGAAAAUUGAUACAUUAAAGGUUUGAAGUUUUCUAUUCAUGUUUCCAUUCUGUGCCUGCUAUCUCCAGCGGUAUUUUCUCAUCAUUUGUUGCAGAUUUUUCCAGCCAAUGAGAAGAUUGAAAACAUAAAUGAUCAAUAUUGGACGUUGCGUGCAGAGGAGGUGAGCUCCCCUCCCCGUCCUCAUAUUUAAUUUUUAUGAUGUUGCGGUGCGCCCCCAGAAUAAGAUUCUCUGAUUCGUUACUGUCUUGAAAAUGCAGUCGUAUGUGAUUUAUUUAUUACAUGGUAGAAACGUGUAAAAUGCUAUAUAACAACCUAUUCAGUUUUAUGGCCCUCUGAUUCCUGUGAAUUGAUGCAGGUUCUAGAGGAAGAGAAAAACCUCGGUCCUCUUGAUAGGCUGAUUCAUGUAUACCAUUUUACUAGAGAUACCACCCAAAAUCAGACGGUAAAUUUGUCUUGACAUUCUAAACCCUUUUAUGGCUAAUUGAUGGAAUUGUGCAUUUCUCCUGCAGUAAUCAGGAGACAUUAACUCCUGUGAUAAAAUAACCACUGGCAUAACCAGCCGUCUGUGUUCUUCUCAUCAACACAAAUAUUGAACGUUGCGGACAAUACGGGACAUUUUCAUUUUUUUUGCCUGUUUUCGUACAGCAACAGAUUCAAAACUUUGGGGAUCCCUUUUUCUUGGUUGUCCACGAUGGCGAGACUUUAGCUGACAUCAAAGUGCGUAUUCAGAAGAAGUUGCAGGUCUCAGAUGAGGAUUUCGCAAAGGUUGCAUCACAUUCUCCCUUCACAACUAUUAUUCUAAGCUUUUUUUUUUCUUCUGGUCAGACUGUAUCCCUCGUUUCUUCUAAGAAUAAAAUUCAUAUUCAUAAGAUGGGUGCUGCUCCAUUGGAGUGGUUUGUGCAGACAAAUAUAGAUAGUCGUCCUCAGAUUCCACUCCAUGGGCCGCAGUCUCUUCUUUCUUUCUCUCCUGUGGAAAUCAGAUCGUUGAAUCUGGCUCGAUAGUUCAUGUUUGAUUCUGAUUGAUCAGCUUUAUCGCCCAAAUAUAGAUAGUACUGAGUGUCUCAUUCUCGGGUAAAAGUAUCUGAGCAAUAAUGCUCAGUGAUUUUUUAUUUUCCAGCUAAAUGCAGCACUGAUCUAGCCAUGGAAAUUACGCUGGCAAGAAGGAGAUCCUCCCCCCCCCCCCCCACCCACUCGGGGAAACUAAAAAUCUCACACCAUAUAUAAACCCUUAGUUAGAUGAACGAGUAUCAAUUGACUAGAUGUUACACUGGUUUCUUGUGAAUUCUCUCCCUUCAAAUAAUACGGCGUUCACCUGAUUUUGGCAGUGGAAGUUUGCCUUCUUAUCCCUGGGACUCCCAGAAUACCUCAAGGACUCGGACAUCGUGUCCCACCGGUUUCAGGUACUUUGUCCUCUCCUCGUACUUGUUUCUUUUUCCAUCCCUUCUUCUUUUUUUCACCUCUGUUUUCUCCCUCUUUUCGUGUGCAUCAGAGAAGAGAUAUCUAUGGAGCUUGGGAACAGUACCUUGGAUUAGAGCAUCCGGAUACUUCUCCCAGGAGGGCCCACACUGCAAAUCAGGUAUUCUUCUCUCCGCAGCCAGUGCUCUCAGUGAGUUAGUUCUUAGAGAAGCCCCCAGCCCCUCCCUGGUCAAUGUAGCAGUAGGUUGCUGAAGGUUGUGUGGAGUUUGGGCAUAUUUUCUGAGUUUCUCUUUCGGGGCUGGUUUUCUGGCCCAGACCCAGACAAACAAAUAAAUAAAUAAAUAAAUAAUUGCCCAUAACUAUUAAUAAUACCCUGUAAAAACUUUCAGAUAUUCUCUAUUUAUGGAUAAGUAUUGACUUUUAUUCUUUGUUUUUUUUUUUCCUCGUUAUGGGAGGUUGGUGGAGCAAACUGUUAAAACAAGCCAUUAAUGAUCCGAUCCUUUCUUGCAGAACCACCAUGUUUUUGACCGGCCUGUGAGGAUCUACAACUGA